AUGCCUUCGUGGAUUUCCGGAGGACAUAGUGGCCUUCCUCUGGGGUCAGGCACCGAAGGUAGGGUAGGUGAAUCCGCGCUUGUACAAGGCGCCAUUCAGGUAGGGUGGAGCGAUAGCGAACACGCGGCCUCAGCAGGGUCAGCGGUAGAGUCUGGUUCUGCAAAAUUGGAGGAGGGGGUCCAUCCAUGUUGGGCUGUGAUCGAUGGCGCAGAUAAGUGGUGCCCGCGGGGUUGGCUGAUCCAAGAUUUCCAUGUGGAUAUUGCGGCCAAGGCCCUGCUCUAUGGCUGA